UAUCUUAGUAUCUUGUCAAACUGUUGCUUAUUUUCAGGAGUCAUGGCAGAUGUCAAGUCGUAUCAAGGGGACCAGGAGAUGGGAGUUAGAAAACCAUCCCCUGCCGCUGCGGAUUUGUGGUCAACACUGAAGAAGGCUCUCUUUAUUAUUGGAUCAACAACUAUAGUAUUUGUUGCACUUAGGAACAGUUUGACAUAUCAUCUACAACAUUUCUGGGGAGCAUCUGGUAACUUCUGGCAACAUCAGUGGGACAAAAUUCUUAACACAUUUGGGGAUGACCCUUACAACCUCAUGGUGUAUGGCUCCACUAUUGUAUCCUACUUUGUAUAUUGGACAAUUGGUUCCAUUUAUACAUUAAUGGAUAUCUUCAAUAAACCAUCCUUCUUAAGGCGUUACAAGAUCCAGCCUGGCACCAAUGAACCUGUUGAAAAUGGAAAGCUCAUUAAAUGCAUUCUGUGGGUGAACUUCAAUCAAAUUGUUGUUGGACUUGCAUUUAGUAUGGCCUGUUACUAUCUGCUGUGUUUGAGAGGGUAUGACCAGUCACCUCAGCUUCCUACUUUUCAUUGGGUGCUGUUUGAAUUGAUUAUAUGCAUACUUUUGGAGGAAAUUGGCUUCUACUACUCUCACAGACUCUUCCAUCACCGUCUAUUGUAUAAACAUUUCCACAAGAUGCACCACGAAUGGCAGAGCCCUAUUGCCAUCACAGCCAUCUAUGCUCAUCCUCUGGAACACAUUAUGUCAAACCUGAUGCCAGUAUUCCUGGGACCACUUUUACUUGGCAGCCAUGUGGCAACAGUGUGGCUUUGGGCCAGUUUGGCACUUCUAAGCACAUUAAAUGCUCAUAGUGGAUAUCAUCUUCCUUUCUUCCCAUCACCUGAAGCUCAUGAUUUCCACCACCUAAAGUAAGUAGACUAAUACAGCAAAUUUAA